AUGAUCGUCAAGGGCUUCAGUAUGUACGGGACUCCCUCGAACCGCCGAUAUUGUAUCCUGGCCCACGACUCGGAGAAUAUUGGGAGACAGCAGUCCUCAAUAUUCUACACGACGCCAAGUUCCGUAUUCGACUAUUCAAGGAUCUUCGAAGGUGAAAUUUCCAAGCGGUUUUGGCGCCCGUCCCAUCUGUUUGUAUCUGAGGAUCACAUCAUCACUCCUCAGUUUGUCGACACUGAAGAACAAGGCCUGUAUCCCAUUGAUCUUCAUGGCGGUGGCUCAGGAGAUGAUGCACGGUUUGCGGUCAUUUUUGCCGAGCAAACCAUCCCCGAGGCACGCAGGUGGGCGGCAACCGGCUCCACAAAGGAUGUGGCGUUCGAAUUCCGCCACGUGGCGCUGACGCUUUUCAACGGCACACGCCCCGCAACACUGCGAGACAUAAUCGAGUAUCAGGUGGCGCAGCCGCUGGACUUCACCCCUGGGACAGACGUGGUCUACUCGAACUACGGAACAAUGCUGAUGAGUUAUCUGGUCACCAACGUCACGGGGUUGCCCUACCUUGAUUACCUCAAAGAACACGUUUUAGACGGCCUGGACGUCAGACUAUACGAGACAGCGGCGGAGACGCACGCUGACGACCGGAUCGCGCAGGAGAGUGUCCCGCACGGCGGCGACGGCGCCAUCAAGGAGGAGUGCAUGGGUGCUUUCUCGCUCAGCGCCAGCGCGAGUACCAUCGCGAGGUUCAUUGGAAGGCACGCCGUCGACGGGACCGGCGGGAGGGCCACGUCUCGUACGCGUUCCGGGGGGGUGCCUGGGGCGGGAACCUGGGCGUCUAGCCUCCGGGCUGAUAUGGACUGGGCCCUGAACCUAAACACAAAUGAAGUAUUGUCUGAGGACUGGACCGACCUCAUACACGUCAAACUGCCUCAGGUGCUCGACGACCACCCUCUUGUCGGCUAUUAG